AAUUACUUAAGAUAUUUUAUAAUGGCUACAGAAGUUAAGUCAUCAUUUUUCACUGAGACAGACCUUGCUUACAAAGAAAAAUCAAACGAUAUAUCUGAUGAAUACCUUGAAAUAAUUAAUGAACUUAAUGAAUCAAUCAGUAAGUUCAAUCUACCGACUGCUGUGAAAUGUGUUUAUAAUCCUACAAUAUACGCCAGACACACUUUUGAAAUAUAUGUGCGGAAGUACUGCAAUACUAAAAAAAAAAUUAUGUUUUUUGGAAUGAACCCUGGACCGUGGGGAAUGUCUCAAACUGGCGUGCCUUUUGGUGAAGUAAUGUCUGUGCGAGAGUGGUUACAAAUAGAAGGUCCUGUGAAUAAACCACCGAAUGAAAUUAGAGAACGUCCUGUCAACGGUUUUGCUUGCACAAGAACAGAAAUAAGUGGAAAACGAUUUUGGGGUCUGCUUAAAAGUAUAUGUGGAACCCCAGAAGUUUUCUUUGAUUCAAGUUUUUUAUAUAACUAUCUUAAUCAACAAUGGAUGAAAAGUAAUGGCUGCAAUCUUACACCGGGAGAUUUUAGAGUGUCGGAAAUGGAAGAUCUGUAUAACAUUUGUGAUCCAAUUUUCGUCAAGGUUCUAAAACUCUACGAAGUACAAAUUAUUGUAGCUAUUGGCAAAUUCUGUGAAACGAGAGCUCAAAAGGCUUUGAAAAAGUAUAUGCCAUAUAGUAAUAUUAAGGUCCUUUAUUUAUCACAUCCAAGUCCAAGGACAGUAAAUAAUAAUAAUUGGGAAGAAAAGGCAUUGGAGCAGCUAAAAGCGCACAAUCUUUUAGAAUAUUAUAAAAAGUAAGCAGAAAAUAAAUUCUUUAUAACCAAUAGUAUUAACUACCUUGAUCUCAACUUUAUUAUAAAUAAGUACAAUGUUAUAGUUUGUAAGACAUUAAAAUUCUAUAAAGAUAUUAUUUUGUAAAUAUAUUUUUAUUUUUAUAA